AUGUCCAACUACCUCCGAGUCGGGACAUUCAAUAACCCUCCGUUGAGCAUUGAGAAGGCUCACAUUCUCAAUGUUGCUUUCACGCUCGCCUAUGUUGUCCCACUGUACCUCACAAAAUACACCAUGCCUGCAUACUCUUCAAAGGAGCCAAAUUGGCGUUGGAGAGACGAUCCUAAGGUGAUCAGAGCAAGAAUGGCUUCGGUUACUUUGAGUACACUAGCUGUGUGUUCAUACGUGUAUCUCAUCUUUCGCUCGAAUGAGGCUCCGGAUUCAGCAUGGACUUGGACUUACCCUCGACUGGGAUUCAUCUGGCAUCCUAGCCUAAUAUGGCCUUGUCUUAUUACACCAGCUCUAUAUCUCGGUCCUCUAUAUGCCCAAUAUCUCUCUAAGGAGCUGCCCCUUAUGGCGCACUGGAGUUACCGAGAGCACAUUGCGGACACGUUCUUCCAUUGGAGAGGGUGUAGGAAUUUCCUUGUGGGCCCCCUAUCCGAAGAACUCGCGUGGAGGUCUUGCGUUAUAUGUGUAUACCACCUCGCUGGGGCAUCGACGAAUUUCUUGAUAUUCUUCACGCCACUUUCGUUUGGAGCUGCUCAUCUUCACCAUGCUUGGGAGGUAUACAACCAAUUCGGUCGAACAUCACAAGCCCUGAAAAAUGCGAUUUUGUCUACGGUGUUCCAGUUCACCUACACAACACUCUUUGGUUUCCACUGCGCGUUUCUCUUCGUACGCUCAGGUUCCGUGAUCCCACCACUCCUUGCGCAUAUAUUCUGCAACGUCAUGGGCGUGCCACAGUUACAGGCCGAGCUGAAGAGGCAUGUCCAUCACAGAACGCGUACGUCUUUGAUGUCGAUGGUCCUGGUGCUUUUAUUCCGGUCGUUGAUGUUUGACGUCGCGUGCUUUCAACAGAUAUAA